AUGGCGCCAAAAUGGGCAUUAUACCAACAGCCUCAGAAAGAGCUCAAUAUUGAAGAAAACCUCUCAGCGACGAUCCGAUCUACGACCGUCAAGAAACAAAAGUCAUUCUUGCAAGGCCCCAAAGUCACUGCACACCAUAUCCACCAGCUGCUUCGUGGAUCCAAGGGGAGAAAUCUAAAAUCUGCAUUGAAAAUUGAAUUGGAAUUCGAUGUCCAGGGAUUUUAUUUCGGUUUUUGGAUUAUUAUAGAAAAGGUUCCCUUUUUCCAAAAUGCCGAGAACAAAAAUGUGGAUAGGGAAUCCGCAACAAAGGGUGCGAAAAUAGGGGAGUAUCUGAAAAGGGAAAGAUACAAAUACACGAGGAGAAAACGUGAGAACCGUGACACCCCGAAAUCAAUCGUCACCAUGAUUGCCUUGCUGAAAAUCCACGGUUGCAAAAAUAAACACGACAAACGCUAG